AUGAAUCGUUUUCAUACGCAAUCACGUGAUGACACAGUAGUUCCAUCAGAAUAUGAUUGGACUAAUCAAACACAUGUUCCAGGCGCAGUUACGCCUGUUAAAGAUCAACGUCAUUGUGGUUCCUGUUAUGCUUUUGGUGUGGUUGGAGCUUUAGAAAAAACAUAUGCAGAAAUUUAUAAAGAAUCUGGUCCAUUAAGUCCUCAAGAAUUAAUUGAUUGCUCAGGUCAAGGUGGUUGUGAUGGAGGAGAUUUUGUUCCAUCAUUUCAUUAUAUUAAAAAAAAUCAUUAUAGACUUAAUUUAGAAAAAGAUUAUCCAUCAACACCCGAUGCAACACAACAAAAAUGUCAAAAACGAGAUGGAGUACGUCUUUCAUCUAAUUCAAGUCGUACACUUAAAUAUGAACAAAUACCAGAUGGAGAUGAAGAAUAUAUGAAAAAAAUUGUUUAUGAACGAGGUCCAGUUUAUAUUUCUUUUAAUUGUGGAGAACGCAAAGGUAAUGAUACUAUUCUACGAGAAGUAUCAAAUAAAUUUGAUCAUUAUGCAUCUGGUAUUUUUGAUGUACCUGGAUGUCCAGCAUAUAGAAACCUAAAUCACGCACCUGUUGUCGUUGGUUACGGAACUGAAAAUGGAAUUGAUUAUUGGAAAGUUAAAAAUUCAUGGGGAGCCGAUUGGGGUGAUCAUGGUUAUCUCAAAGUUAAACGAAAUGAGAACAUGUGUGAAAUUGCUACUUCGACUUAUUCUGCUGGAUUAUCUUAA